AAUUCACCAUUUCUCUUCUCUUCCUCCUUCUCCUUCUCUUUUCUCUCCCCCGUGUGACUCCCUCCGGAGCUGAGCCUCUCUGUCCAUCCGCAUCGCGUCAUAAAAUCCCUACCCUGCAGCAGCACCUACCGCCAUUCCCCAAUCGCCAUAUGCGCGAGCCCCAAAUCCACUCACCACCACUCUCGCAUUUCUUUAUCGGCUCCCUCCUCCUUCCUCUUCCAGAGGAAAACAAUCCGCGUGGUAGGUUUCAUUUAGAUCCGGCCGGCCUUGCACUAGUGCGGGACAGGAUUUUGACCAAUCUCACCCAGUUCGACCUCCCCCUGGGUGUUUCUCCUUAAAUCGCCUGCGGUGGGAGGAGGAGUCCAGGCCAGAAACCAAGAACAGCUGCUCCCGGCAUCUUGAUUGAUUACUGGUGGUAUCCAAGGAAGGCUCCAAGGUGUUGAGAUAUUAGGAGCAGACUUUGGAUUUAAUAGGCUGUUCUGUUACCCCUACAGAGUAAAAAUGCUGAGGCAGAGCUCUAGUAGAAACCACAGAUCAAGAGGUCUGAAGCUAAAGAAAGCUCUUCAGAUAAGUCUUUUGGUUAUUGUAUCUGUUUGGCUCCUCUACCAAGUAAAGCAUUCUUAUGAGAAGAAGACAGCGUAUAAUGAAAACGACGACAAUCAUGACACUGAUGAUGUGCAUAAAGAUGAUAAGAGACAGGUAGAGGUCAUCAGAUUGGGCAGGAAAGACCUGCCAGCAAAGAUGGAGGCUGAUUCAUCAACACUGGAUGAACGGGUCGAGGACGAAGAGACUGAAGAGAUAGAGCAAGAAAUGAAGCACGAUGAGCAUGAUGACGAUCCCAUUGAUGAGCCAGACCUGGACAAGGAUGAUGAUCUUGCUGAGCCUGGUGAGCACUCUGCUGGUAAGGACGAAGGGUCUGAUGGCGGGGCUGUGUUCGAGGAUGAAGAGCGGAAGGAGCGGUCUCAGGAGGAUCAAGAAAAGAGCUUCCACGGUGACGAUGUAUCUAGUGCUGUUACUCAUGACCCUCCAUCAUCGCAGCAAGCUGAUCUGGCCCAUCAUGCCGAAGAGAAAAUCUUGUACGUGGAUGAUGCUUCAACAGCAGUUCCUCAUGAAAAGCAGGAACACAAGGAGGAGGAAGCUCACAAGGCUACCGAACAGAGUUCUACAGGUGCUAACGUGUCGAGUUCUGUGGACCAUGAUGCCCAAAUCGCAAAACCUCUUCCAGAUGAGCAAUUGAAGAGCAUGGAUAGGAUAUUUGAAGGCACCACCAAUUUAUCAAAUGGACUGACACUUGGAGGCCCUGGGGUGAAUGGAACCAAUGCAGUCGAGGAACAUGGGGCUUCUUCAGCUAAUGCAUCUUCCAACCCAAAUCUGAGCACUCCCAGCUUGGUCUCAGAAAGCAAGAGUGAUCCAGCCCCAGCAAACCUGACAAGCAACAAUGGUGGAUCAGAGAUAAGCAAUUCAACUCCCUUGGAAGGUCAAGAUGAGCAGCAAGUAAAUUCAACAGCAGCGUUGAACAACCAAACACAGCCCUUCACGGACCUGACAUCUGCCGAGCUGAAUUCUCCACCAAAUGGGACUUUGGCUUUGGUUUCAACUAGCGUCGAAAAGGCCACAUCCAGAGACGGAGACACUGGUGGUAACACCGACACAUCCUCCAUGCCGCUGGACAAUAAAGCCGACGAUGGCGAUGCUCACAAAGAAGAAGUAGAUGUAUCGACAAAAAUCAUGAACAAAGCAAUCGGCGAAGGUGAAGUUCUCCUGGAAUGAACACCAAGAGGUCUCUCUGUUAGCUGCUUCUGGUGCAACCUGUAAGUUUGUAGGACUUUCAAGAGAUGCGAUGCAAGCAAACUACCUCUAUUGCCCCAGUUUUUGUGUAAGUUUGGUCCUACGUAGGAAUCUGCUUUGUAUUGCCUAGAGUACAUCACGGUCUGGGGCAAGUGAUGAACAAGAAGCUUGUGUUGGAAGAAACUAUUAUACCCAUUCGGCAGCUCUGAAGCUUUGCUGCUGGAAUGCCAACUACGUACUAGUGAUAAUGCCAGCCUUGUCUGUAGGUGUGUCAGCCUUGAGGUGUGUUCGUUUGUUCAGUUGUGGUGUUUGCAUAGUAGUUCUAGCUGUCGUUGAGCUUUAUUUUGUGAAGCUUGUGUGUUGCUGUUCAUCAAAAACUAUGCAGGCACACUUCAGACACCAACAUUCAACUAUGUGCAAGUAUACACAUCUGGUACAGCCUACGUUCCAUCUA